AUGACGUCUUCAGACUCCAAGAAUAAUAUCAAAUCGAAAAAUACCUCUUUGAAAGCUUUCAAAGUAUUUGGUAAAAAAAUAUUAACUUCAAAUUCAGAUGGUAGCUCAGAUUCUCAAACUUCUACCAAGAGCGACAAUAAUAAAUCAAAAAUUAAUUUUUUCAAUGGAAAGAAGAGUGGUUCAAAAACUUCGAAACAAUCAUCAACACAUACAAUCGUUAAACCCUCAAAGGCAGUCGCUGACUUGAUCGCUCAAAGUUCUAAUCCCUUCGUUUCAAAAGAAAAAUCGGCCGGUAAUAAAUCCGCCACUUCAAGUUCUAUUUCGUCAUUAAGUUCAAAUGCAAAGAGUUCAAAUUAUAAUGUCGAUGCUUUACAAUCAUUACCUAAGAAACUAUCGUUUACAUCUUCAUGCCAAUCCUCUUUGAAGAGUCAACGUAUGGCACAUAAUCCGUAUGCUGCCACAGCAUCUCUUACCAAUAGUACCAUAGGAAACACUUCCAAAAACAUUACACAACAAUCAUCAAUUAUUAGUGGGAAGAAACAAGAAGACUUAAGUUUUUAUAUGCAAGAUGGUGAUAAAAAAAUUAGAAUAUUACCAUCACCACUUGGAAAUCCAAAUGAUUUCUUACCAACCCACAUGAAACAAACAAGUAUUCAACUAACUGGUAAUUUUACAUUAGAUAAAGAUUAUAAAUUAAUUGGAUCUGGUGGAUCAAGUGACGUUUGUAAAGUUGUUUCCACUUUUAAAAAGAAGGAAAUAUACGCAUUGAAAAAAUUAAAUAUGGUUUAUGAUGAAACACCAGAAAGAUUUUAUAAACGUUGCUCAAAGGAAUUCAUCAUUAGUAAACAUUUAAGCUCAUCGAAGAAUAUUCAUAUCGUUAAUACUUUUUAUUUAUUGAAAAUAGCAACCACUACCUAUACAACAAGAGGUUGGGGGUUCAUCAUGGAACUUUGUUCCAAAGAUCUAUUCAAUUUGAUUCAAAAAACAGGUUGGAGGAACGUUCCAUUGAGUGAGAAAUAUUGUCUUUUCAAACAAAUCGUUGAAGGAGUUAAAUUUAUGCAUGAACAAGGUGUUGCACACCGUGAUUUAAAACCUGAAAACGUUUUAUUGACGCAAGAUGGUAUUUGUAAGAUUACUGAUUUUGGGAUUUCAGAUUGGUAUCAUAUUAAACCAUUGGAUUUUUCUAGCCCCGUUAAGAAAUGUGCAGGUAUGAUUGGUUCAGCUCCAUAUGCUUCACCUGAAGUUAUGAUGUAUGACGCAAAGAAAAAAUAUCCAGAGUCACUGCAAAUACCAUACGAUCCUUUAAAAUUAGAUAGCUACAGUUUAGGAAUCAUUUUAAUUACGAUGGUUAAUAACAUCAUACCUUUUCUCAAUUCUUGUAAUAAAGAUGCAAAGUUUAGGAAAUACGUUACAUCUUAUGAAAACUUCAUACGCCAUCAAAAUUCAACAUUUAGACAGAAAGGCUGUUACAAAGCUGGUCCAGGUGCUGAAUACACAUUAGCCAAGAAUUUCAAAAAUACAGCUGCUUCUCGUGUAGCGUGGAGAUUAGCUGAUCCAAACCCCGAAACACGUUAUACUAUGGAGGAUUUAGUGAAUGACCCUUGGUAUAAAUCAAUUGAAACAUGCGUUGAUAACAUUGACGGUUUUUCAUCCUGUACAACUCCCAAAAUCAAGGAUGAAUUAAAGCUUGAUUACUCUGAAAAUAAUAAUGAAAACGAUUCAAUGUUUUCUAAAUUGGAUGAUAAUAAUAACUUUCCCGCUAUGAAUGCCGAUCAUACCCAUCGUGAGAAUAAAGCUAUGUUUAUCUUAAAUGAAGAUUCUUUUGAUGAAAAACAAGUAUUCAAUAGUUCCAAUAGUAAAAUUCCUGAAUCCAACCCACCAAGUACACCUAAGCCAUUAAGUACGGCCACUACUCUGGCUUCUAUUAAUUAUCCUCCAAUCUCUACGAAUCCUCAUACUAUGCUACCUCUACGAAGAUUUAGUGAAAUGUCCAUUGGUUCACGUGCUAGUACUGUCUCGACUAAUGGUAGAACAUUGGUUUCUGCGUCUACUGAUUCGUCAAUAUCGAUAAGAAACGGGAAUUUUACUUCAAGAAGGAAAAGGAAAGUUGUACAUAAUCAUAUGCAUAUUGUCAACAGUGUUACAGGAAUGUCCAACAUUCGUUUCUGA